AUGGAUAUCACGGGAUUCGCCUUCGUCACCGGUGGAGCAAGCGGCAUCGGCCGGGCCACAUGCCUGGCCUUUGCCAAAGACGGAGCUGUAGGUCUGGUGGUGGCCGAUCUGAACCUCGAGGGCGCGCGGGAGACGGCGGCCCAGGCAAAGGCCGCGGCUGUGCACGAUGGCUUCCGCGUUGAUGCGAUCCAGGUCGACGUCACGAGCGAGGACUCGGUCAGGGCUGCCGUUGCCCACGCGCGCGGGUUUCUCGGCCGCAUAGACUAUGGGGUCCACUCGGCUGGCAUCCCGGCCGGGACGUUUGAUCCCAUCGCCGCGGCUAGUUUUGCCGACUUCAAGCACCUGCUCGAUGUCAAUGUUAACGGGACGUUCCUCUUCACCAGCUUGGUCUCAAAGGCUAUGAUGGAUCAGGAGCCUCGGCCUGCGCGUGAUCCUGCCCGGGGGAGCAGCCGAGGAAGCAUUGUCAUUUUGGCAUCGGUGUCGUCUUUCAUGGCAGUCCCCAACAUGGUUCAAUACACCUCUUGCAAGCAUGCCAUCCUCGGAAUAACCAAGACUGCUGCGCUGGAUAACGCACCCAACAAUAUCCGGGUCAACUGCGUCUGCCCCACCUGGACAGACACCCCGAUGACCCGGCGCGCAACAGACGUGGCUCCAGGCCUGGAGGAGGCCCUGCUGGCUACGAUACCAAUGAAACGCCUGGGGAGGCCGGAGGAGGCAGCUGAUGCCGUCAUCUUCCUGUGCAGUCCGAGGUCCAGUUUUACAACUGGGACCGGGCUGGUCCUGGAUGGCGGGAUGACGCUGUCAUGCUGA